AUGGUUUUUGACGAUUUUCUAGACGCUGUUCUAGACGGUACCGGAACUACUCAAGCGUUUAAAUUAUCUGACUCUGGACUUGAUUUCGGUCUUUUCGGAGGUAUUCAAGUUUAUGCUGGUAUGACUAACCUGUUGACUCUUUUUAGUGGUUACGCUACCAUCUUGAAUAGUCUCAGCAACUAUUUAUAUUUUGAGUCUCAUACAGGUGACCCAAAAACUACUUAUGGUUUUAUUGUUGCUGAGGAAGAACAUGAAGAUUAUGUUGAUGAAGCUGUUAAGACAUGGAGUAUGGGUAAGGGCUAUGAUUUCUACACUAGUACCCAAUCUAUUGGUAAUGUUAACAUCUGCCAACAACUAGCGGAAGAAGCUUAUGGCCCAGUUAACUCAGCCGAUUUUGGUGAAUGUAUCUCAAUUUUCUAUGAUUCAUCAAAGACUAUUGAGGAACAGACUGGUUUGACAGAUGACCUAUUGUACAUCUACAAUAAUGGUACGGUUUCCUUUAAUGACGGAGACAAAAUCUGUAUCUCCAUUGGCACAGCAAGCGAAUAA